CGACCACUUAGAAGGCCGGGAUGGCGCAACCGCGUAUCAGAAAUUUCCGACUUCGAGACAACUACCCUUUUCCUUGUGCGCGGGUUUUGGUUGCUUUGUCUUUUUGCGUGGGUUGCACGGUUUAGAAUUUAAGCUUAAGUCGCUGAGGAGUGAUGAGUGGCUGGAUUUUGAGUGGUGGGGAUGCGCUGGUGAAACGGUGCUUGAUCUCAGAUCAUUUCUUGACAUAUCAUGGCUGCAACAUAUACGUUUCUUUCCCCCAGAGUUGGGCUAGCUGGUUGCUUCUUGCUAGGACAGGUACCGGUACAUUUCUCCAGACACUCCUUUGAAGCGCAGUUCCUCCAUUUCAUCCCACCUUUCUCCAGAUGUUCGCGUGUCCCUUUCUACUUUUCUAGUUUUGUUUGUGAGCUUCAAGAUGUCUGGAUCUCGAGAUGAAGAGAAAAGAAGCCUGCGGCGGGAGUUUUCAGAUGGCAGAAGUGGAGCAGACGAUGGCUCAAUACACUCUUUUGCCUCCUCGCCCACCCUCACAUCCUCACCCUUCUCCCCGGCCCUCGAGGAUGACAAUGGCUUCCCGUUCCUCUCCCCUUCCUCUCCAGGCUUCGACAAGAAUAUCCCACUCUUUGCUGCCAAACAAACCCGCCCACAAACCCGGUCGUGGCUCCAAACCCCCCUCACGCCUAAGGGAAUCACGACUCUCAUCGUCCGCAUCCUCUACUUCCUUCUCGUCCCCCUCCUCCCCUCGCCCCUCCAAGCCCUACUUCCCGCCGAUCCAGCAAAACCGGGAAUACCGAGGAAAAUCCACGCCACUUCUUACCUCGACGGCCUCCGCGGCGUCGCAGCACUGAUCGUCUUACAUUCCCACUUCCUAACAAACUGGUUCUACCCCCUUCGCUCCGGAUACCUAAACACCGAAUCCGACAUAAAUCUUCUCCAGCUUCCUAUCCUGCGGCUCUUGUACGCUGGCAGGGCAAGCGUUGCCGUGUUUUUCGUCGUCUCCGGCUUCGUACUAUCGUAUAAACCGCUCCUACUCGCGCGGUCCUCGAACCAAGGCGCCGUAUUACAAACCCUCUCUUCCUCCGUCUUCCGUCGCGGUUUCCGAUUAUGGAUCCCGAUCGCGGUUGGAACAUUCAUCUCAGCGUUAUUAGUGUACAAUGAUUUAUAUACGCCAGUGCCGAAUCGCGGCGAGUUGAUACCGCCUGUUUUCCCGACGCUGAGGGAGCAGCUGUGGCAUUGGUGGGGCGAUCUCUGCGUUUUCUGGUUUCCGUGGAAGGCGACCGUGGAUGGGAAUGCCACGGCUGGGUUCGUGUAUAAUGGGCACUUGUGGACGAUCCCUAUCGAGUUCUACGGCUCGAUUGUUGUUUUCGUUACUGUGUUAGGUCUAUCAGGGGUGAGCAGGGGACAUGGGUGGAUGAGGAUUGCGAUUGGGACCGGACUGGCGGGCUGGAGUUUGAGGGGUGGGCGGUGGGAUGCUGCACUGUUUCUUGGGGGCAUGGUGUGUGCGGAGUGGAGCCUGAUGGUUGCUGAUGGGAUGGAGGGGAAGUUGCCCGUUCAUGUUCGGCGGGACUUCGACUUCGAGUUCGAGGUGGAGCGUUCUCCCCCCGGGAGCCAAACCCUCCACGCCCUGCUCCGCAUAUCGAAAAAAGCUCUCACUGCUCUCCGCCUGCACCUGCACCCCUUCCUCCGGCUGCUCAAAGGCCUCAAAGGCCCCUCUCUCAUCGUGCUCCUCUUCACCUCCCUCUUCCUCCUCUCCUACGCCGGAGAAUCCGCUAGCCCAGGACACUAUCACAAUUUCCUAAUCCCGUACACACCUUCGAUCUGGGAAUCCGUCGGUCUUGGGCGCGAACAUUUCUGGCUAUGCAUCGGCGCCCUCCUCUUGCUCUUCACUCUGACCAACUCGCCUACCAUGCAACAGCCGUUUACCUGGGCGCUCCCUCAGUAUUUGGGGGAUGUGAGUUAUUCAUUGUAUAUCGUGCAUGGAAUGGUGCUGUUCACGUUGGGCACGAGUCUGCAGGAGAAGUGGACGGGCGCCGUGGGCAAGAUAGAGUGGGUUGAUAAUGGGGCCGGGGAGUUGGUGGAGGUUGUUGUUUCGCUGGGGGCGGGUGCGAGGGUUUGGUGGAGGAGUCUUGUGGGGUGUGCGGUGGUUAAUUGGGUGGUUAUAUUUUGGUGUGCAGAUUUGUUUUGGAGGGCGGUUGAUAGGAGGGUGCCGGGGUGGGGGAGGUCGAUUGAGGGGCUUGUGAGUGGGAGGGGAGGAAGGGGGAGUUAGUAAGGGAUAAGUUCUUUUGGUAUUUGGAGCGAGCGUUUGGGUUGAUGUAGCACCUAUAAAUUGGACUGCAUCACUUGUAUACAUUAGAAGGCGGAAUAAAACAGACUUUCCCCAGAUCAUGAGUUAAGAAAACAUGCGAUUGUUUGCUGGAAA